AGCAGCUGCAUAGUGACAGUUCUUCCCAUGGUGGAUUUCUUUAACACGUUUCCUGAUUUGGAGCCAGUGUCUUCUUUACAUGACAACAGGAAAUCUCAUUCCUUUCCAGGACCCUCUGAGCAGCAGAGACUUGGAGCAAGCUGGAGGAGCUGCUGGGUGCUGAGGAGUGGCUGAGCAGCACCCCUGCCUCACUGACACAGGCCAGGCAAGAUCCAUACCCAUCUCAUACAAACAAGUGAAAAAACACAACAACUUACUUCCUGAAGGCUGAGUUGGUAGUGCUGUGAUCACUGGAUGCUGGCUCUUCACCCCAGAGGGUUUGUCCUGCUGCCAGCAGCUGCAUGUUGCUGCUCCUUGUCUUCUGUGAAUGCUUGCUUCUAUGAUUCUGUUAUAGCUCAACUUUAAGAUGGACCAUCCCAAGGUGCUGGAAGGCUACAAGCCAAGAGUGAGCCACAAAAAAAGAACCCCAGCUGCAUUGUGCCUGGAUGAGGAGCUGGAGGAAAGCUGCCCCUCAGGAAGCUGCCAAGAUCUUUGGCCUGUCCAGGGAACCACUGCUGGCAUGGAGAAGGAGAUGCUCACAGCAGCUCCUGCACAGGACACACAGGUGUCUGCUCACAGAAAGCCUGUGCUUGCCAAGCUUUGGAAAAUGCUGGAAAGUGACCAGUUUCAGUCCAUUUGGUGGAGUGAAGGUGGAAAAUGUGUGGCCAUCAACAAAGAUCUCUUUGAGGUGGAGGUGCUGGGCAGGGGAGUUUGCCAGCGGGUUUUUAACACGCAGCACAUCAGGAGUGUCAUUCGCCAGCUGAACCUCUAUGGAUUCACCAAAGUGCAGCGGGAUUGCCAAAGAUCUGCCUCCCUGCCUGAAUUCCUAUCAGAGGAAGCAGCAGCUUCUGCUCACAGCCAGAUCCUCUACUACUAUAACCCCAGCUUCAACAGAGCACAUCCCUGGCUGCUGGGAAUGUGCAAAAGGAGAGCUGCCCUCAAAGAGAGAGCCCUGUGUGCAGCAGGCCUGGAUGAGAGGCCCCUCCAAAAGCCCAGAUGGUCAGUGUGGAGGGAGAUGCAAGUGUCAGCUGAAGCCCAUCCCUCAUCCCUCUCCAGCAUGGGAAGCUGCUCCCAUGCUUCUAGAGCCUCCUGGAGCACUGAAUGGAUAUAAAGUCUGAUAGCCACAACCUAACAGAGUUGAUAAUAAACUGUUUGAACAGUAAA